UUAAAAAAAAUGUUUUUGCUGCAGAAGCCAAAGCGAGCUAUGGAUAUUAAAUUAUUCGUUUUUAUUUAAUUUAUAAUCGAAAACCGCUUAAUUUAUAGGUAACACGAAACACUUAGACACACUGCCACAAAUACUUUGUUAAAGUGCACCUUAUCGACGAGUUCCUGGUAAUUUAAGACCUUAGAAUCGGUUCAACAGUGAUUAUUAACGCAUUUAUUGAAUACGUAACAAUUGGAUAUAAACGAAAAGUAUGUGAACCAAAUACACGAAUAUUUUAAAUGAUAUUGCAUUUUGAAGAACACAAGGGGUUUUGACCUGUUUGCUAAACAUUUUAAAUACAUGGCAGUUUACUUGUGAAAUACAAAACACAGCUUUACCAUAAACAAUGGAGGACGACAUAGACAUAGAAGAGCACAAUGUCCUGGACAACCCACUCAUCAAGAACAUGAUCCUGGACAUCUCCAAUAUCAAGACUGAAAUAGAGGACUAUGACGAACAAGGUAUGUCAAUGGACAUUGAAGAAAAUUAUCACAAUAUAGUGUUUGAAGAGAACAAUCAAUUCAAAACUCUCAGCAAUAAAAUCAUUGUUGGCUCCAAACCUAGUACUUCAACACUAAUACAAGAAUCAGAAUCAGAAACAACAGUAUUUGAAGAAGACAAUCCUGAUGCAUCUCUGGAUGUAACUGCGGAACCAGAGGUGAGUGACCAAGACGUUUAUCCAGAGACAAUAGAUGUAACUGUUCCAGCAGUGAUUGACCAAGAUGUGUAUCCAGAGACAAUGGAUGUAACUCUUCCAAUUGUGAGUGACCAAAAUGUCUAUCCAGAGACAAGUAUACUGCAGGGAUUGUUGGAAGAGCAACGUUUUCCUAACAAAAUUAUACUCGGCACCAAAACACCAGACAGUUUGGACGAUUCUGACUAUACUGACAAUGAAUCUGUGCAUGAUCUUCCAGAAGUUUCAGUAGUUUUACAGGACUGUAAGAACUUUCUAGAAAACAACCCAUGUUUUUGUAAAGAUUGUGAGAUACUCUUCGCCACCGAUAAUGAUUUGCACGCUCACCGAAUGACAGUGCACUCCUUUUUGGUAGCUGUCAAAGAAGAAAGAAUCGAUCAUGUCAUUCCAAAGAAUAUAGCUGUCAAAAGUACAAGCAAAUAUGCUUACAACGAACACCAUAACAAAUUGUUAUGCAAUCACUGUAAUGUAAUAUUCCCUAGUGAUAUAGAUUUGCUAAAACACACAUAUGAAUUAUUACCGAACAAAUCCUUUCGUAAAGUUUCAGGUAGUGAUGCAAACAAAAUGGCACACUACGAUAGUUCAAAUUUGAAAACCACUACAAAUCUUCCGGGUAUGUUCUUCGUAUGUAGAAUAUGCACUUGUCAUUUCAAAGUGAAGAUCAAGUUACAGACACAUUUGGUUCUCUUUCACUGCAUAAAGGAUAUGGGUGAAGUGAAACCUGAAUUGACUGACUUUCGCUGCCGGAUAUGUGACUUCAAAGUCAAAAACGGCAAGUUGUACAAUUUACACGUGCAACUACGUCAUACAGAUGUGUAUCGCAAAAUUUGUGCCGAGGAACCUUCCCAAUUCAAAUGUCAUCUGUGCAGCGCUAGUUUCUCGUCGGACUAUUCACUGCGCAUACAUUUAGCUGCUAAACAUAGCGUAGUUAAGAAGUUGGAAAUCGAAGAAGCCCCAGCGAGCUCUAAAAAUAUAACUAAAACUGUUUCCAAAGGUUACAACGCUCCGGUGCCCAAAUCAACAAUAUUCAAAUGCAAUAAAUGUCACGUACAUUUUGUCUCGUGUACUACUGCUGUCACACAUUUGAGAUCGUGCUCGUUGCGAGGUGACUUUCGAUGCGGUCGAUGCAGACGUCAUUUCAACAUAAUCGAAAAGUUUGACCACCUACACCAACAUAAUUUGACAGACAGAUUCAGAGUCAUAGACAUUAGUAAGAAUAUAUUAAACAAAAUAUUGUGUAAAUGCAAUAAGUGUAAUACAUGCUUUGAUGAGGUGUCUCUAAAGAGUCACACUGCAGCCGUUUGCUCGGCAGAAACACCUGCGAUAUACUGCCCGGCGUGCAAUCACUGGAUCAACGCUACAGCUAUGCCUCAACAUAAAAAUAUACACGCUAGCGGCGUAACUGCCAGUGAUUUUAUAUUAACUGUAUAUGUACAUUGCAAUGCAAUGGCAUCUAGUGAUUUGAAUGAAGACUUAGAUGUGAAUAUUGAUGAAUUAGAUAAAGUAAAAGUAAAACAAGAGUUUAAAGAAACCAAAGCUCCAGGUAAAGCACCCACUAAAAUUGUCAAACUUAAAGGUUCAGUAAGAAAAGGUUCGGAAAAAAGAUUUAGAAGAAGCGACGACAUGGCGUAUUUGUUUUGUCCAACGUGCAAAUGUUAUAUGAAAGCGAACAGAAUUACUGACAAACAUUGUAUCGGGCAAUGCAGCACAAAACACCCGUUUGUUACUUGUAAAUGUUGCGGUUUGAAGUUCACCCAAAAAGGUUAUCAAAGUCAUUGUAAGAUACAUAAGAAAUAUCCAAAACUUAAACUCAAAGACAUGAAUUUCACAAAUCUGCAAACCUACAACCGCAUGAAUCCACCGUUUCCGAAGUUCGAGCAAUGUAAAGUGUGCAAAGUGAGCUUUUUCAGUGUAAUCGCUUUGAAAAGUCACGUCUGCAAUGCUGAGAAACCGAAACUUUGCUCACACUGUGACCGAAAGUUUAGCGAUCUGGCAUACAAUUUGCAUGUACAGUUUUACGAGUAUCCGCACAGAUACAAAACAAAUGCAAACGUUAAGCCAACAAAUAACAAAAUCUCUAAAGUGAAUGAAAAUAUACCUGAGUUAAUGAAAAAAUAUAAAUCACUCAAACAAAUUUGGAAUAUAUUGUUCUUGUGUCAGACGUGUGAUAUAAUUAUUGACUCUUACGAUCGCGUCGUCGAACAUUGUCAAGACCAUUUUUGUAACAUGGAGAGUUACAAUGUAACCAUACAGCGUUGUGAUAUAUGCAAUCUUAAUUUUGUAGAUGAAAGUUUCAAAAAACACAAAGAAUUACAUUCGAGUGAUGAUUUUAACAAAGACUCUUUCAAAAUCAUUGAGUAUUCAUAUGAUAAUUUGCUGACGAAUAACUGGUUGCAAAUAUUCGAGUCUUUGACUCAAGAACAAAUAAAUUUAAUACUAUCUAAGAGUAUGUACAAAUAUAGUAGAUGUGUGAGAAUGAAGCUGAUCAGGAAUGGGCCUGCUGCCAUGGUAUUGUACCAGUGUGGACAGUGCAAACUCAUAGUAGUACCGAAUAAAAUAACAGAACAUUCGCAAAACAUCAACGGCCAAUGUCAAACCCGUCGCAGAUUCAACUGUUCAAUAUGCUCAUUAAAAUUUUCAUAUAAAUCGCAUAAAAUUGUCCAUGAAAAGCUGCACGAAAUUCGGAAAGUUACCGCUACAUCGUUUAAAAUUGUAGAAUUUCAAGCCGAAAAGCAAUUCACUGCUACAGAAGAGAAACACAAAGAGGACGUUGACUUGAACAAUGUACAAGAUGAGCAGAAGGAUCCUGAUGGACUGAAGUUUAUUAGAUGCCAGUAUUGCGGGAAAUUAAUAAACAAACACAAAUACAAAAAACAUUGUGUCUACCAUUACUAUUACACUAGAGCUAAAGACAUAAAAGAUGGAAAUACAGCUAAAGGCAUUGCGAAGCAUUUGUUUAACUUAGGUAAACAAGAACCUACGUUUUACAAAUGCAAACGCUGUGAGGUUUGUGUUUCAAAAGGUAAUACAAAAUUUCACAAGUGUAAAAACGUGAACCUUAAUACAAAAUGCUCUAAAUGCUCCCUAUUUUUUAGGAGCAAAACCAUAGCAUCCCAUUACAGACUGCAUGAAAUCUAUAAAUUCAACAAGAGCAACGUAAACGUUAUAUAUUUCAAUAAAAACUCAAUUCAAAGUGUUUUCGUUGAUAAACUAAAGUACGGUAGUAAGGAAUUAGUUUUGUACCAAUGUACAGAAUGCGAUAUUUGCUUGUGGAAUAAAGUGAGCGUACGAAGACAUUCCUGCUCAGCAAGCGACAAAAAAGGAGUGUGUGAAUUAUGUGGUGUUGCUUACAUACUUUCGCGGAGAGAAGCCCACAUGUCGAUGCAUCGAGCUAGGAAUUUUAACAGCAGCAAUGUCAAACUGAUCAAAUUUAGAAACGGUGUAAUUCUAAACUCUGCGGCGCGGAAACGCAAACCUGAAGAUGCUUGCCAAGAAACUGUGGCUAAAAAGUCUAGAAUUGAACCUUCAAAUGAAAAUGAUGAGGAUUCGCAUGAAGAUGACAAAAAUAUGAAAAUUAGCAAUAACAAAGUAGCAACAAGUUUGGAAGUAUCGAUGAGAGAAUGUCGAUGCCCAAUAUAUGAAAGAUUUUUCAAAUGUAAAACUUGUAAGUUAUUGUUUGUAAGUAUUGUUGUCUUGAUUGAUCACGAAUAUAAAUGUGAUGGUAUUAAACACGCUACGAAAUGUACGGAUUGUGGUUUAGUAUUCCACGCAUCAGAGAUAGAUUCACACACGAAUUUACAAAAAUGUCAUCUUACAGUAGCACAAAGACACUUGUUUAUAUACACGAUACAGCAGCUAGGGAAAUCGUACAAUUUAGCAAGCAACUGGAUAGUUUUGUGCGCGCAAUGCCAAAUAUAUAAUAUAUCAAUCGCAGGAAUGUAUCAUCAUUUGAAGCUUAAUCACGCAAUCACAUUUCCAGUUAAAAAUUGUUCACAAUGUAACAUAACAUUUACUUCUACCAGUUACAUCAAACAUCGAAAAAUCCACCAUCUAAGAGUUUCAACUACGAUUUCCGACAUGAGCAUAGUUGUAGUAGAAACUGUUACAUUGAAAAAUAUACUUAAAGAUCAAGAUAACAAUGAAGAAUUGACUGAUGAAUGUAAAGCACCAGAUACUGAAACAGAGCAGAAAGCAAUAAAUACGAAAACAAAAUCAAAUGAAAUUAAAUCACAGGUUCAUUUAGAUAGAACUAGUAAGUCCAACGAAUCUGGUAUUUACCGUUGCGACAUAUGCGAUCUUAACUUUAUACACCCGGAGAGUCUGAAAAUGCACCAAUCUCAGGAUAAACACAAUCAAGUAAAGUAUAAAUGUCCUAAAUGCGAACUUAAUUUUACGAAAAUUUCACUAAAGAAACACUUGAAAAUUCACCACAGAGAAAGGAAACAGAAAAAUAGAAACAUUAAUACAGACGUAAAUGAUAGCAUAGUUGAAAGCGUUCCCAAAAUGUUUGACGACAACUCUUCAAUUGACAGCAAAUCUGAUGUAAUCGAUAAUGAUUUAGCUAGAACUAGGAAUUUCAACGAAUCUGGCAUUUACCAUUGCGACAUAUGCGACCUUAACUUUAUACAUCCGGAGAGUCUGAAAAUACACCAAGCUCAGGGUAAACACAAUCAAGUAAAGUAUAAAUGUCCUAAAUGCGAACUUAACUUUACGAAUAUUUCUCUAAAGAAACACUUGCACAUUCACCACAGAGAAAGGAAACAGAAAAAUAGAAACAUUAAUACAGACGUAAAUGAUAGCGUAGUUGAAAGUGUUCCCAAAAUGUUUGACGACAACUCUUCAAUUGACAGCAAAUCUGAUGUAAUCGAUAGUGAAAGUAUUAGUGAAACGUCUAACGGCACACUAGAAACAAACGAUCGACCAAAUACGUCUCAAAAUGAUAUAACAUCGAAUAAAAUGGAAACAAAUAGAAAAGAACUACCAAUCGAUAAUAAAAAUGAAACAAGAAACAUCAGUGUCACACAUAAAAAUGAUACAACUGUGUCAAAUGACAUUGAUGAAUUGGGCGUCAAAAAUAAACCAAAUUCAAACACAGCUGCUAAAAAUAAGAUAUUCAAAUGCAGCGUCUGCGACGUUUAUUAUUUAACCGCAGACGAUUGCUAUGAGCAUACUGUUUCGCACACAGAAUUAGACGCCACAGAAUUUAUUGCUUGCAAAGUCUGUGAUUUGCAAUUCUGUUGCGAAUUCCUCGGUAGACAUAUGAAAACUCAUCGAGAGAAAACUUUUUGUACGGAUGAUCUGACAGUCGUAGAGUAUCGCCCGAGCAGCAGUGGCUUGACCAUAGACACGUAUUUAGCUGCAGAUAGAUUGAAAACCAAAGUGUCUACAACUACUCAUUUUGAUACUGACGACGAUAAGAGUGUGUGUGUAGAUUCUACUACUAGUGAAAGUGUCACAUGACCUAAUGCUUCGGAUUGCCACGAAGCGGACAGUAGCGAAGCUUCAUGUAUAUAGACGAUGUAUACAACUUUGUCAAAUGUCUUGAAAAAUUUACUUUGCAAAUUUGUAAAUUAUUUUUGCACGAUUACUUUGUAAGUCACUCUGUAUAUUGUUUUUGAAUUUUAAAUUUUGUGAACUGUGUUACUUUGCCACUUAGUAAAUUGUCAUUGCACAAUUAGUUUGCGACUUUGUAAAUUGCUUUUGAAUUUACUUAUAAAUUGUUUGCAACUUUGUAAAUUGCCUUCACAAAAUUCAAUAUGCAAUUUACUUUGUAAAUUACUUUUCUAAAAUUUGCUUUUGUAUUUACUUUUCAACUUUUAAAGAUACUUACUUACCAAAUAUCUCAAUUAUCUUGGAGUUUACUUUGUAAAUUGCUUUUGAAUUUGCAACUUCGUGAAUUGUUUUUGUAAAAUUUACUUUUUCACCUUGUUUUUUUCCAAAAUUUUAAUUUGGAACUUCGAAAUACAAUUGAUUGAUAUGAAAACUAUCUUUACAUCUUAUUCUGUAAAUUGCUUUUGAAUCUGCAACUUUUGUUUAUCGCCUUUGUAAAAUUUUCUUUUUAACUUUGGAAAUUGCUUUUGCAUAAUUUACUCUGCAACUAACUGAAUUGUGAAAGGUUCCGUCAGGAAUGCUUAUUAGUCAAAUUAAAAAAAAUAUGUCAAAUAUUAAAAAUAUACAUGUAUAGUAAAGAAUAAAUUAUUAAAAUGCUACGUAAUACUGAAAUAGAAAUGGGAGUUUGCGCUAUUACUUUCGAAACUAUAGGGUUCUUAAUCAUGAGCUGUUACAUAUAAAAACGACUGAAAUCAUUUGAUUGUUGUCGAAGUAUGCCGGAACGUUUUCUAACUAAUAACACGAGGUCCUUAGAGGUGUCUUUAUUCUAAGAUUAAAUAAAGUACUACAUUUUUUAGAUGCAGUUAUGUAUAUAGUUAGUUUAGAUUUUGAAUAUUAUUAUAAAAUUUGAACUUUAGGAUUAGGAAGAUAUUAGGUAGGUGGCUUUGCAUGUAUUAGAUACGUUGGUUAAACUGAAGGAGUGUCAGCAAAAUCAUAUUAUUAAAUUAUCAUCUACAUGUGAGUGGUUACUAGGCACCUAGAGCACGGUUAUUUGAUGGAAUUCUAAAUUAAAAAAAAAAAACUUUAUUUCCAUCAGUGGCAUGCACUUUGUAUAUGUAUAAACGCAAUGCAUACCCUGAGAAUUCAUGUAUUGGAUAUAUGUACUUGUAUUGGAGGAGGAAUUUUCAAUUUUGUACAAUUUUUAGCUACAGUGCAUACCCCGGUUAAAAACCUUGGGCACGCCACUGGUCCCUCUGUUUCACUGUGAUACUGUAUGUAAUUAAUUAAUCAACAAUUUCUGUUGUGUAGACGUUCUCCUAAGUCACACAUUUAAGUAUGUAAUUUUGGUAUGUUUACCUAUUAUAAACGCUGUAUUAUGUAUACAAUUUACUUUUUCAAUUAUUGUCUUGCAAAAUUUACUUUGUAUCUUUGUACAUUGUCUUUGAAAACUUGAAAAUGGUCAUUGCAAACUUGUAAAUUGUCUUUGCGAACUUGUAAAUUGUCUUUGCAAACUUGUAAAUCAUAUUUGCAACUUACUCUGUAAAUUGCUUUUGGAUUUGCUACUUUGUAAAUUGUGUUAGCAAAAUAUACUUUGCAAUUUUGUAAAUUGUCUACACAAAAUUCAUUCUGUAACUUACUUUGUACAUUGCUGUUCCGCAAUUUGCUUUGCAAUUUUGAAAGACAAUUUACGAGUAUUUGUUGAACUUUGUGUAAUGUUUUUGAAUUUGUCUAAUGUUUUUAAAUUGCUUUUGAAAAAUUCAUUUUGUAAAUAAUUAUGUUAUAAACUUAGUGUUCCGACAUUCUAGAAUAGAAAUAUGAUUAAGGAUUUAGAAAUAAAUAUAAUUUAGGUGCCAAUUGACUGUUUUUGUGUUUUUUUUUAUUUUUUGGUUUGUCUAAUGGUAGGCAUCGGUUGUGGCUAGUUACUACCUCAGCAAAUACGUACCGAUUUAGCGUACCGGUACGACACGUAGAAACUGGCAGAGAUAGAAUAAAGUUUACAUCUUUCAAGUUUGCUCGCUUCUAUCUUAGACUGCAUCAUCACUUACCAUCAAGUGAUUGUAGUCAAGGGCUAACUUGUAAAGAAUAAAAAAAAAAAAAAAGUGUGUCUCAGCCGACGCACGAACGGAGUUUACUCUUUCAGAUCGACUGUCUAAAUAGUGUAUGUUGUGCAGCAUACACUAUGUACGUCUUAAUACGCCUGAAAAGUGAAAGGUGCGCAACCGAGGUGCAGCACUCCGCGUCAGGCAGAGCACGGUGAUAGGUGCGCAGAAUAGGUUACGCACAAAAAACGUAACGCUGUCAUUUGUUCAUCGAAUUUUACUGCUCAUAUUUUUUCAUACCAGAGGCUAUAUAUGAAUAAUCGAUUAUUAAGGAGUAAACUCCAAACAAUCUUUAUAAUAUCAGUCCAGUGCCUCAUUGCUAAUCCGUGGUUAGGUGGUUCUGCUACGGUAAUGAGGUUCAGGGUUCGAGUCCCGUCAGGUCGGGUCGACAAAAAAAAGUGAUGAUUUCGGAAUGUUUUAAGGGUCGAGACACUAAACCAUUUAAGACGUAUACGUAUUUUUUUAAAUAUUUUCCUUCAGCACCUAAUAUACGUAAGGUUGAUUCUUAUUUCAUCAUCAUCAUUAUCAACCCAUCGGCUCACUGCUGAGCUCGAGUCUCCUCUCAGAAUGAGAGAGGUUAGGCCAAUAGUCCACCACGCUGGCCCAAUGCGGAAUUGGAGGCAGAGGUUAUAUCAGGCUAUAACGGUUCUUUUAGCUAUAUAAUUAUAGUUAAAAAGUUGAAUGUUUUAUUAUAAGUGAGUGUAUUUCAAUAAAAAUAUUGAC